CCAAAAAUUAAAAGCACCCUUCCACACCCACCACCUCUGCUUUCCCUCCUUAUAAUCCGCUGACCCCCUCCCUCUCCCUUUCUCUCUCUCUCUCUCUCUCUCUCUCCUUCUUUCCCAAAUUCGCUUGAGCGCUUCCGUCCAAUUUCAAAUUCACUCUACCGUUCCCCUGAGACCAGAGCAAGCGAUGGGAAAGUACAUGGAGAAGGCCAAAAUCGCUGCGGACGUUGCGGUUAUGGAGCUCCCCCAGUCCCUUCUCGGCGUCCGGACCCGAGCCAAAACCCUAGCUCUCCGGCGCCUCCAAUCCUCGCAGCCUUCGCCCGACUCCGAGUCAUGUUACCUCCAGCUGCGCUCCCGGAGGCUGGAGAAGCACCCGACUCUGCUCGAAGAGCGCAGGAAGCCUUCAGGUGGAACCGCGAAGCGGAACUGCCAGAAAGGGACAGAUUCGGCGACUUGCCGGAAAUUGAAUCUCGAGUCCAGCUCGAGGUUUAGGGUUAGUUCUGUCCACUCCAGCUCCGUCGGCUCCGCCUCAAUUAGCAAUCACGAUGCCGGGGAAGGCUGUUUUGAGAUUCUCUCCAAAGGCUGCGAAGAUUUGGGCGUCGAUGCCUCCUUCGGGGAGAACAAUUUGGAUCCAGAAGCAAGAGACAGGCAAGACCCAGUUCUAUUAUUUUCCUCUGUUUAGUUUCUACGAGUAUUAAUUUGUGCAUUUCUGCUCUUAAAUUAACUUCUAAUUUCCUUAUCCUUUUGGGUGCUAACUCAUCUGUUAAAUAAACUUUAAAAAGGUCUGAUUGUGGAAAGUAGAUAUGGUAAUUGGUACGGAGUAGUGAUAGAUUAUGAUUAGUUUUCUUAUGUGCAUCUUUUUCUUAUUAUUACUCCACGGAGUAUGAUUUUAAAAGUUAAAUUGAAAAUUUGUGGUUUUGGCUUCUCUGUAAAGUUUCUUUUUUUGUUUGAAAGAUCCAUUCGAUGGGACUUUUAACGGCCGAGGUAAGCUAACUUGCAUUCUCAGGCACCCAAAUUUUACUAGAUUUCUAGAAAGAAUGGCAUUAAUGAUUUACUACUUUCUUUUUUUUUUCACUCAUCCCCAGAUCAUUUUUUAAGGCGUUUCUUUUAAUGCUUUCCAUACCUGCACAUUUUUUUCCUCUACUGUAUUAUUUUAUUCACGGCAUCUUUUGUAGAAAAUCAAUCUUUUCAUCUGGUCCCCUACCCUACGGAAAGAGUAUUAAAAAAGAGUUGUUUUUGUUUUGUUUUCAAUUGAAAAAUAUUUAAUGGGCACCAAUACAAUUUUUUUUUCUUUAAUCUGUCCUUGAGUAUCAUCCUUUCACUGCUCAGGUGAUUCACGAGCUUCUGUAGUUGUACUUAUUCAUUAAAAACAGCAUAGGGUCAGACCUUUUUUUGUUAUUAGCUCAUUUAUAUCUAUGAAAAAUGAUUAAGAGUAUAUUCUGUAUAUGUUUUGAAGAUUUGAUGGGUUUUAAUUCAUUGUGAAGGGUAUUUUUUGCUGUAUACCUAAGAACAAAUUCUAGAUUUAUGGGAAUAUUGGCUCUUUUUUUGUUCUUUUGUAUUUUCUGUAAUGUGUCCUUUCCAUGGGGUCAUACUACCCAAAAAACUGUGAAUAUCCCAUUCCGUAUUUUCUAACAUCUUGAGAAACAUUCAUCCCUACUGUUCUUUUACCCAGUGAUGAGUACCUGUAUAAAGCAGAAGUGAUGACGUGACAUGAAACCGUUAUUUCUUCAUGUUCCAUAUGACAUGUUACUUUGUACUCCCUCAAUUAACUUCAGAUUUGUUC